GUGACUCGCCGUCGUAUGGCACCGUUUAAUAUUCUCUCCGAAAGCCCCGGAGCGGCUAAGACAGCGGCGUUUCACUCUCUCUACACCGCCUGAAUCUCAAAUUUUUAAACUCUUCUCUGAAUUUGUUAUGCGCUUGCUUCCGUCUUCAAAGCCUCUGUAUGCAAUUAUGAAUGUGUAGAUUCACACUCUGAAUGUGGAUUGAAACUGGUGAACUCUAAUGAGGUGUUUGCCAAAUCCCGCAAAGAUUCUACCUUUAGCGUUUAAAUCGGCUUUGCUACCUUUGUCUCAAAGGUGGCUCUGUAAAGUUUCUCCCAAGCCAUCCUCAUUGGCAAACAUCUUCAACAUUUCAAUAUCAACCAUGGCAAGUACUCCCAAUGGAAAUGUGAUCAUGGCUUCAAAGCUUCAGAGAACUUACCAAGUUGUGGUAGCUGCAACCAAGGAUAUGGGUAUUGGUAAAGACGGAAAACUUCCCUGGAAUUUGCCUACCGACCUCAAAUUCUUCAAGGAUUUAACUCUAACCACUUCGGAUUCCGCUAAAAAGAACGCUGUUGUAAUGGGUAGGAAAACGUGGGAGUCUAUUCCCUCAAAGUAUAGGCCACUCCCUGGUCGCCUCAACGUUGUCUUAACUCGCUCUAGCGGUUCCAGUAUAGCCGUCAAUGAGAAUGUUGUAACUUGCAGUAGCAUUGAUUCUGCGCUAGAUUUAUUAGCUGCACCUCCAUAUAGUCUGUCCAUUGAUAAGGUUUUUGUAAUAGGAGGUGGUGACAUAUUGAGGGAGUCGUUGAAUAGACCGCGCUGUGAAGCCAUCCACUUAACUGAGAUUGAUACAAGUAUUGACUGUGAUACAUUUAUUCCCCCGGUUGACACUUCUGCAUAUCAACCUUGGUGUUCGUCGUUUCCAGUAUGUGAAAAUGGACUUCGGUUUUCCUUCACGACUUAUGUUCGUGUAAAUAAUUCUUCUGCUGGUGAAUCUUCUGAUGAACGUGCUGAAUCACAAUCCCUUCAAGUUGACUGGAAGAAGUUUUCAUCUUUUCUCCCUAGGAUGAUUUUUGACCGGCAUGAGGAACUCCUUUACUUGAAUCUGGUCAAGGAGAUAAUCUCAAAUGGAAACUUAAAGAACGAUAGGACAGGGACUGGCACAUUAUCUAAAUUUGGCUGUCAGAUGAAAUUCAACUUGCGCAGGAAUUUUCCACUUCUGACGACUAAGAGAGUUUUUUGGAGAGGUGUUGUUGAGGAAUUUCUGUGGUUCAUAAGUGGUUCAACGAAUGCAAAGUGGCAGGUACUUCAAGAAAAGGGUAUCCGUAUAUGGGAUGGAAAUGCGUCGAGAGCCUAUCUUGAUGGUAGUGGACUGACUGAGAGAGAGGAAGGUGACCUUGGACCCGUUUAUGGAUUUCAAUGGAGACACUUUGGUGCCAAGUACACAGAUAUGCAUGCUGAUUAUACUGGCCAAGGAUUUGAUCAGCUCUUAGAUGUAAUUAACAAGAUCAAGAAUAAUCCUGAUGAUCGACGAAUCAUAAUGUCGGCUUGGAAUCCUCCUGAUCUGAAGUUGAUGGCACUUCCUCCAUGCCACAUGUUUGCACAGUUUUAUGUUGCAAAUGGAGAACUUUCAUGUCAAAUGUAUCAGCGCUCAGCCGAUAUGGGUCUCGGUGUACCGUUUAACAUUGCCUCAUACUCCCUUCUUACAUGCAUUCUCGCUCACAUCUGUGAUCUUGUUCCUGGUGAUUUUAUCCAUGUGAUUGGAGAUGCUCACGUUUACAAAAACCAUGUCAAGCCUCUGCAAGAGCAACUUGAGAACCCACCAAAACCUUUUCCUGUUUUGAAGAUAAAUCCGGAGAAGAAACAUAUAGAUUCUUUUGUUGCGGAUGACUUUGAGCUCGUUGGCUAUGAUCCUCACCAGAAAAUAGAUAUGAAAAUGGCGGUUUAGCCCCCUAAUUUUCUGGUGCUAUUCACUUAUUCAGUCAGAACUUUCGUGGUUAGUAUCGAAUUAGUUUUCUUUUUACUAAGUGGAGGCUCAAAUCGUUUAGAAUUUUAUCCUGAACAAAGUAAGUUGGAAUUAAAACUCAAGAAAAAAUCCUUUCAUGAACAACUGAAUAUUUUCAUGAGAUAAUUAACUUUUUAAAUUUUGCUAACACGAAACUUGAUUCUUCUA